AUGUCCUACUACUACGAGCAGUGCAAGCAGCCCUGCCUGCCGCCCGCCUUCCUGGCGCAGAAAUGCGCCAAGUGCCCGCAGCCAUGCGCCGCAAAAUGCGUCGAGGUCUGCCAGGCGCCGUGCGCCACCCAAUGCGUCGAGGUCUGCCAGACCCCAUGCGCCUCCCAAUGCGUCGAGGUCUGCCAGGCGCCGUGCGCCACCCAAUGCGUCGAGGUCUGCCAGGCCCCGUGCGCCUCCCAAUGCGUCGAGGUCUGCCAGGCCCCGUGCGCCUCCCAAUGCGUCGAGGUCUGCCAGACGCCCUGCGCCACCCAAUGCGUCGAGGUCUGCCAGACGCCCUGCGCCACCCAAUGCGCCACCAGCUGCGUCACCCAGUGCCCGGAGCCCUGCGCCACCCAAUGUCCCGCCCAGUGCCCCGAGCCCUGCGUCACCAAAUGCGUGGAGCAGUGCCAGGACCAGGUUUGCACCACCAAGUGCGUGGAGUCCUGCGAGACCGUGUGCCUGAAGCCCUGCUGA